GCGUUCUACCAACACAUGAAGAAACACAGAAGCAUCUGUAACCACGUGUGCAAUGUGUGUAACAAGGCCUUCUACGAGGUGUCCAAGCUUAAUGCCCUUAUGAGAGUUCAUACUGGUGAACGCCCCUUUGAAUGCCAAUACUGCGAGCGUCGCUUCGCCCAACAGUCCGCGCUGAUCUAUCACCGGCGUACACACACCGGUGAAAAACCAUACAGCUGCAAGCUCUGCGCAGCUCGGUUUACCACCUCAUCGGCCAGAAACAACCACAUGGUCACACACACGGGCAACAAGAGGUUCGUGUGCCCGGUGUGUUUCAAGGGCUGCACGUCGCGCGCGGAGCUGCGCGUGCACUCCAGCAAGCACACCGGGGAGAAGCUCUUCGGCUGCACGCUCUGCUCGGCGCGCUUCAGCUCCGCGUCCUACCUCGCCGUGCAUAGGCGGCAUCACACCGGUGAACGGAAAUAUAGCUGCAACGUUUGUGGUCGAGGUUUCAUGGAAUCUGGUUCAUACAAGAAGCAUCUAAAAACACACGAAGCAAAACCUGAAGAUUCUUCAGAGUCCACUGAAAUAGAUAAGGGGGAAGAGGAAGACAGCCAGACAGGGGAAGAGCAGGAGAGCAAUCAGUCCGAGGUUCAAGAUCAGAUCGAAGUAGAAGUGCCGCAGGCGCAGAGGAGAUACAAGUGCGGAAUCUGCGUGAAGACUUACAUGUAUCUACACAGUUUGAAGAAACACAUGGCUACACAUGUGCAGCCACAACAGCAGCAGCAACAACAGCAGCAACAACAACAACAACAACAACAAGUUCAACAAGUCCCUCAAAUCCAAGUGCAACAACAGCAAGUCCAGCAGCAGCAGCAAGUGUCGGUGCAGCAAGUGGGCGCGCAGUUGCAGCAGCAGGUGCUGCAGGUCGGCGGCGUGCAGCAGCUGGCGCUGCCGCAGCAGCCGUCAUUCGUCCAGGCUGGACACUCCCCGUACCCUGUGAUAUCGUCAGUGCAAUCAUUGCAGUUGCAGCAAACGCAGCAACACGUUAACACGCAACAGCCGCAGCUGCAGGUGCAGACCAUACAGAUACAUCCCCAGCAUCAGCCGAUACAGAUUCAUGCGGUGGGCGUGCAGCAGGUGCAGCAGCAGCAGCUGCACGUGGCCACGUCCAGCUGUCAGACCAUGCUGCCCAACAUACUGCAGCUGGGCGGCGGCACGGUGGCGGUGUCGGGGCUGGGCGGCGCGGAGCUGGGCGGCGUGGCGCACCGCAUCAUCCUGCAGCCGCCGCAGCACCCCGCCGUCUACACGCUGCACCACUAGCGGCGCUCACAGCACCGCAUCAUCCUGCAGCCGCCGCAGCACCCCGCCGUCUACACGCUGCACCACUAGC